UUCGCAUUUUAAUUGCAUACACAACAACUAUAGACUUUGUCUUACAAUACACAAGCAAAACAAGAUAUGUUAUGUGCGUCUCAAGCAUCAACAACAACCAUUUGCUCAACCAUGGAUAAAACCUCACAACCUUCUUCUUCUACUUCAGCCACAAUACGGCUCGGUGGUCGAGCCAUCGACCGUCAUAACCCAAUCAUACGUGACGGUCGGAGACUCACUCCUCCACCUUCUCCAAACCUUAAUCCCUCUUCUACGUCUUCUUCUACUUAUCAUACUCCUCUCAAGACUAGAUUAGGUCUAAAGAGUAGUGAGCAAAAACGUGUAGCGAAGAGGAAGAGCAAGAAAGGUGAAUCUGACGUUGGUAAGUCACCGAUUAGUUGUUUUAGCAGUGACACUCCUCAGGGCUCUUCAAGAUACUUAUUGAGCAACCCGGUUCUCUUCGACGGGUUUGUGGAUUCCGACCCGAUUCAACUACCUAUUGAUGAACCGGAGAUAACCAAAGCUGAUGAUUUGGAUAACUUUCAUGACGAUAGACUGAUCAUAAACGCCUCAAAGUAUGUUUCAUCUUCUUCUUCUUCUUCUUUCUUGGAUAAGAAGAAACCCGAUUUCUUCCAAGGGUUUUUGGAUUAUGAACCGGUUCUGUCUCCGGAUAAUCCUUUCUCUGAACCAACAAAAGCUUCUCCUACAGCAUCGCUAAGCUCACUUGAAGAUAAAGAUGAUGUUUCCUCCCCGGACUUCAAAUUCUCUCUUCCUCCUCCACCACCUCCUUCUCCUCCUCCGCCGUCGCCGCCACCGCCACCGACAUCACAGGAGAAGAACUCCUCUUCCGAUCAAGUGGUUGUUCUGAGAGUGUCACUUCAUUGCAAAGGCUGUGCCGGGAAAGUCAAGAAACAUCUAUCAAAAUUGAAAGGUAACUAG